UGCCCGUCCUGCCCGUGAGCCUGUGAACCGAGAAGGUGCCAGAUCGUUGAAGCCAGGGACUCGUCAAUUGUCAACCACCUCAGUUUAUCACACUCACAACAAUCAACCACUACAAAUCAAACACCAAACAACCAACCCAUCAAAAUGGAUAACGUCAAGAACGCCGCCAACUACGUUGCCGACUCUGUCAAGAGCGCCACCAGCACCGGCUCCAAGGAGGCCAACAAGCAGGUCGCCAAGGACAGCGAUGCUUCCCUCGGCACUCGUGCCUCCGCUGCCAAGGAUGCCGUCGGUGACAAGUUCGACGAGCAGAAGCACGACAAGUCUGCCGAUCUCCACAAGGAGGCUGCCAAGCACUAAACUACUCUCCUUCGAAGCCCUUGCGUCACCAACAACCGAGUGUACG